UAAAUAAAUAAAGUCAAUUUUAAAAUUUCUCGUCUCUUUAAUGUUCUUGGCUCUUUCAUCUCGCCUCUAUAACGGUCGAAAUUUUCAAACUUCUCACUCCUUCUCUCUCUUUUCCCUUCUCUCUCUAAUCUUCCGUUACUCGAUCAUCUUGAAUUUCCAAUUAAUUUGUUCAAGGUUUAUACUUAUUGGUGUACUAAGAUGGCUAUAGUUCAAAGUGACCCGCUUACACAAUUAGAAACAACUUGUGGCUCUCUUUUAUAUGAACUUCAGAUGAUAUGGAAUGAGGUUGGCGAGACUGAAGCUUCUCGGGAUAAGAUGUUGCUUGAGCUCGAGCAGGAAUGCCUUGAAGUAUACAGGAGAAAAGUUGAUCAGGCAAAUCGCUGCCGAGCUCAGCUACGUCAGGCUAUUGCUGAUUCGGAGGCAGAGUUGGCCGCCAUCUGUUCUGCAAUGGGAGAGCGUCCAUUGCACAUUCGGCAGACUGACCAAAAAGUCGGAAGCCUAAAGGAAGAGCUCAAUGCCAUUGUUCCACAGCUCGAGGAGAUGUGGAAAAGUAAAAUAGAAAGGAGGAAUCAAUUUCUUGAUGUCAUAGGACAAAUCCAGAAGUUGUCUUCCGAACUGUAUGGAUUGGCAGGACAUGAUAAUUCGAUGGCUGUUGUGGAUGAAAAUGACCUGUCUUUGAGAAGGCUUGAAGAAUUGCAAAACCAUUUGCAGUCCCUACAAAUAGAGAAGAGUGCUCGCCUGAAACUGGUCAUGGAACACUUGAAUAUUUUGGCUUCAUUGUGUUCUGUUCUUGGCUUAGACUUUAAGGGAACAGUUAGAGAACUUCAUCCAAGCCUAGCUGAUUCUGAAGAAUCACAAUGCAUAAGUACCGAUACAAUUCAGAAGUUGGAGUCUGCUAUAAUGAGAUUACGAGAGCUUAAGCUUCAGAGAAUGCAGAGGCUUCAAGAUCUUGCAACAAUGUUGUUUGAGCUUUGGAAUCUAAUGGAUACGCCAUUGGAGGAUCAACACGCAUUUCAAAAUGUGACAUGCAAUAUUGCAGCAUCUGAAGAUGAGAUAACAGAACCCAACAUCCUUUCAGAAGACUGCAUAAAAUAUGUUGAGGAAGAAGUUUCCAGGUUAGAAGCACUGAAAUCGAGCAAGAUGAAAGAGCUUGUUUUGAAAAAAAGGACAGAACUAGAAGAAAUCUGCAAGAAGACACACAUGGUUCCUGAAGCAAAUUGUGAAACAGAACAUCUCAUUGAAGCAAUAGAAUCUGGAGCACAUCUUGCAUCAAUCCUCGAACACAUUGAGCUUGAAGUUUCCAAGGUGAAAGAAGAAGCAUUUAGCCGCAAAGAAAUUUUGGAAAAGGUUGAAAAAUGGAUGUCAGCUCGUGAGGAGGAGGAGUGGCUUGAAGAAUAUAAUCAGGAUGAUAACCGAUACAAUGCAGGCCGUGGUGCUCAUCUUACCCUUAAGCGUGCUGAAAAAGCACGAUCACUAGUUAACAAGCUUCCAGGAAUGGUGGAGGCAUUAGCUGCAAAAACAGUAAACUGGGAAAAUGAAAGAGGUGUGGAGUUUAUGUAUGAUGGUGUUCGUCUUCUUACUAUGCUUGAAGAGUAUAUGAUAUUCCGCCAAGAAAAGGAGCUGGAAAAGAAACGACAAAGGGAACAGAAGAAAAUUCAAGGGCAACUAAUGGCAGAACAAGAGGCCCUUUUUGGUUCAAAACCAAGCCCUUUGAAGAGUGCCAAGAAACCUUCCAGAAGAAUGUCUAUGGGUGGAGGGGGAGGAGGAGGACACAAUAGAAGGCUAUCUCUUGGAGGUAAUAUGCUGCAAACACCAAGACCUGAUUCAUCUUACUCUACUCGAGCAACACCAAACUCUCGUCCUGUCAGAAAGGAUGAUAGCACAACAGCAAAAUUAAAUGCGAAGAGGGCUUUAGACGUUGUGAGCCUACCAGCAAAAAACUAUGCAUUUAGUGGUCGAGAAUCUGAACCUACUGCACGAAGACCUUUCUCACCCGUGUCUUCAGUGGCAUCAUCAAGAGGAAAAGGAGAUUUCUUUGAUGAACAAAACAUGAUGCACAACAGCAGCAUUCAGAAACCUUUUGCCAAAAGUGAGAUUUCUCAGAAAGUGGCCAGCUUGAAUAACACUCCAUUUGUCACUCCCACAAAGAAGAUCCCUGUUGCAGAUGAAGAAAAUCACACUCCAAAUGUAAUGUCGAGUCAUCCCCCUACGACGCCUUUGACAAUCUCGGCUCCAAUGCAAACAUCAAUGACACCUGCUCCUUCGAAACCUCUUUACGGUGAUCAUUCAGUGGAUGACAAGGCUGAAGAGAUCGAGUACUCGUUUGAGGAAAGAAGAGCUGGUUUUGUGCUGCCCAAUACAAGUUUAAGAAGAGCUAUACAAGUAUGAAAGCUUGAGUGGAAUGUUUUAUAUGUUCAAGUCAAAUAAUGAUUUGGCUUCUUCAUCUUCUUCCCACUUGUAUAAUAUUGUGUUGAAUUGCGCUCUGCCUUAAUUUGUCAUAUGAAUAUUGUUCUAGUCAAGUGGACUUGCUUUUUAAGUCCCUUGAUGAAAAUUAAGAACUAUAUUGUUUCUUAAGAUUUACUCAUAAUCCAACUUUAUAGUUCUUAGCUGAAUAAUUAAAACCUGAAAAUCAUGGGUUGGUCUA